GGAGAUUCUGACUCAAAAUUUGCUGACAAGAGCGCGUGUGUGGAAACAUGGGAGAACUCACUCUUUUGUCAACGAAGGAUUCGAAUGAGAAAUUUCAAUUUGGCGUCGGAUUUGCCUUGGGAUUGCUGUCCGUGGAUCGAUUGACGAUUUAGAAGAGCAGACAGUAUGCGGGUGAAGUGUUUGGAGCUCGGGCGAAUUAACAGUGUUACGAUCAAUCGAGUCUCACAGAGAUCUGGACUAGAUGUCGAGUAGUUCCUGCCUAAGACAGAGACUCAGUGCACGAAGGAAUUCUGUACAAACGAAGGAUGAGGAGAAUGCGAUUUUAGUUGAAUGUGAAUGACGUUUGAUGACGGUGGCGUCUGUUCUUCAACCACAGACAGAGUGGAAUGAAGGAGGUGCGUCGGAGCGAUGUUAUUUUUUGAAAUCUUAAUCCUCCUACUGAUUCGCGGGGUUGGUUUCUGCCCGAGAGAAAUGACUUCCUGAUCUCGGACUCGAGGAGGUGACAUGUAAUUGGUUACAUUGAGGUGUACUUGAGUGCGCAAAUGGCAGACGAGAAAGCUUCAGAUUCUGACAGAUUGGUGCAAUGCUUCGCCCGAGGCACUUUACAACGCCACCAAAAUCAUCGCCGUGGCACAAGUGGGCCGAACACUCCAACACGGUCACUUUCUUCCUCCUGUCACAACGUAACUUCUCCGGAAGCUGCGUCCUCCGAGGUAGAUAUGAGGACGCCACAUAAAACUCCACGGUUAGAUAGACCGAGUCCAUCUAUUGUGCUGGAUUCAAGAAGAAAUGGAAAGGUCCCUGAGGGUAAUGCUAGCAAUCAGAUCUCCCCGGGAGUUUUUUAUGGAUCACCGUUCGGAAAGCCUUCAAACAAGCCUCUACACGUCUUACGCCUCCUAAACGAAAUCCAGAAUGACCUUGUUGGGCAGAGAACUUCCAGAGACGUCGAAUCAGCGGGAGCUUUCAAGCUUGCUUCAGCUUCUAGGGCUGCAAUUUGGGCAACUUUUCCAAAGCAAGAGCAAGCAAUUCAAUUCGCAGGGAGCAAUGCUGACAGUAAGAUUGUGGUCUUCCAAUACCAAGACCACAUAAAUGGACAAAGACGUUUUCUUGCAACCAGCUACUUUGAGUUCUGGCAGAGGUAUAGAAGCAUGCUCCCAGAACAUCGUCAUCACUAUGAGAUUAUUCAAGAGGGCAAGCCUUGUCACAUGUAUUUCGACUUGGAGUUCAACCGCAAAGCCAACAUUGAGGCUGAUGGUGAAGCCAUGGUGGACAUUUUGCUAUCAGUGGUGCAGAAGGCUUUCCUGGAUAUCUAUGCCCUUGAGUAUGACCCAUCGUGGACCAUAGAACUCGACUCGACAACAGAAGAUAAGUUUUCUCGACAUUUGAUAAUUCGUGUACCAGGAGCAGCUUUCAAGGAUAACACGCAUGUCGGGCUCUUCGUAGUAGAGAUCUGCAGGAGAAUACAUAACCAACGUGAUGCCAAUGAAGAUUACAGUCGCCUUUUUGUCCUUCAAGGGGAGUCUCUUGCUUCUUAUCAUACUGAGCUCUAUAUAGAUCAAGCAGUGUAUUCUCGAAAUCGAAGUUUCCGUCUACCGUUUUCAAGCAAGGCUGGAAAAGCUGCCAAGUUGCUACCAACCAUGCGAUUUCGGUGCUCACAUAUGGAAGAGAGGGACAUAUUUAUGGAUUCUCUUAUCUGCCGAAUCGGAGACGAGUGCGACAGACUACUCACUUUCGGUCUUGAGAAUGCUGGUCACGGAGGGACUGUGAAUUACGCUUCAUGGAAAGAAUUUGCAACUGCUCCACCUAAACGACCCGGCUUCUGCAUGUCAGGAAAAUCGCCAUUUCCAGCUCUUGAUAUUUUUGUGGAGUCCGUGGCUUGCAUUGGCAAUACUCAAGGAAAAAUAAGAAGCUGGUACUGGUUUUCAGACUAUGGUGUUAUCGUCUACAACAUAUCUGAGAACCGCUUUUGUGAGAACAUAGGAAGGCCUCACAAGAGCAAUAAUGUGAUGUACAUUGUCGACUUUCGUACCGCUGGGUAUUACCAGAAAUGCCACGAUCCUGAUUGUCGAGGAUAUCGGUCACCGUUGAGGCCCAUUCCAGGACAUACGAUCCCAUCUGAGUAUGCACCAUCUUCACUGACAGCUUGCACAACAUACGGCGAGAAGGCCGUGAAUGGACGGGACCAAAUUAAACUUUUCGAAGAUGACUCGGAAGACGAAACAUGGUGGGAAGAGGUGGCUUCGUCCUUGGACAGUAUGGAGUGUAAUACGUCGCAGUCGCAGAGCACAAGCCAGGCAUCGCUGCAUCAAGUGGAGGUGGACGUCGCAGGAGACGACGAGUGGUGGACCUCUGCGGAACCGGAACUAGCCGCACUAGAAAAAUGUAUUCUUACGCAGCGCAAGUAAAUAAGAAGAGAUUAAUUUUGACCUCGCUGGUGCAUCACUUGCUACGCCUGUCUGCAGUGUAUGUGCACGGUUCUUCAUUCAGAGCUCUGAUACCAACCAUUCAUGCGUACCCAUUUAGAUUACUAUUACAAGUUACAUAAUACUUCUUUUC